AUGGCAUCUACACUCAAAUACACGGGGAAGUAUCGAUACCCCCAGGAGACAGCUCGUCAUGCCGCGACUAUUCUCGGAUUCCCAUCCAAGGUUUCAAUUGCCCCGGCAUACUAUGAAAGCGCAUGUACCGACAUCGCCAGCUUGGCCGCUGCAAUCUCAGCCCACGAGCCAGUGAGGUUAUACACACGACCUGAAGAUGUGUCAAAGGCAGACUCAAUGCUUGCCCAAGCGAGCAGAAAGUACCCAAGCGACACCGCAAAUGUAUCUGUUAUCCCUUUCCUUACGAACCACCUUUGGGUCCGAGACACCGGACCGGUUUACGUGCAGGGAGCUGGCGAGGAUGAUCGUCAGAAGCGCUUUGCAAUCAACUUCCGCUUCAGUGAGUGGGGAAGAAAAGAUGACAUUGGCGACCACGAUCGGGCCUCCGAUGGUAUGGAUUGGCCCGUGAUGGAGAGCGCGCAACUCGAAGAAAACGCAACCUUUGCCAAGCGGGUUAUUCAAUCUGAUAGUUCUCCGUCUCCAGUAACUGCAGUGGAGUCUACGGUCUGUCUAGAAGGUGGGGCAUUGGUUGUGGAUGGCGAGGGAACCCUGUUGGCGACGGAAAGCAGUAUCCUCAACGCCAAUCGCAACCCGGAUCUUUCGCGUUCCGAGAUCGAGGCAGAGUUAUAUCGAUUGCUAGGCGUUGAUAAAAUCAUAUGGUUCCCCGGGAAGAAAGAUUUAGAUGUGACAGACGUGCAUGUCGAUGCCGAAGUUAACUUCAUUCGUCCCGGUGUCGUUGUUCUUUCACGUCCUCAUUCGAGCGCUCCAGCGGAGUGGGUGAAGGUCUAUGAAGACAUAAAGAAGAUACUGGAUCAGUCGGUUGAUGCGAAGGGUCGUCCUUUCGAGAUACAUACAGUCCAGGAGCCCGAUCCUCGCUGUUUUGGAGAAUUGGCGUAUGAGGAACCGGCGACCAACUACGUCAACUUCUACUUCGUCAACGGUGGUCUCAUCAUUCCUCAAUUCGGGGAUACUCAAACCGACAAAGAUGCUUUGGAACUCUUCCAGAAGUUGUGUCCUGAUCGCGUGGUUCGCCCAGUACAUGUCACGGCUCUUCCUCUGGCCGGAGGCGUAAUCCACUGCGCGACUCAACCAGUUCUUGCUCUAGACGAGUGA